AAUGACUUUGACCCAGAUUUUAUUUUUCUACAUCACUGGAUUAUUAUGAGUUUUCUAUGAUAUCAUCCCAUAUUUAUGAGUAAGGCAGAAUGGCCUAUGUUGUGAAAGCAAACUAUGACUUCAACACAAAUGAACAUGGAGAAUUACCACUCAAAGCUGGGGAUAUUGUACUUGUUACACAACAAAUCGAUGCAAGUUGGCUGCAAGGAUCCCUAGGGAAUCAAAGUGGAAUUUUCCCUGCUGGGUUUGUGCAAAGAAUUGAUGUACCACAAUUGCAGUUUGGACAAAAGAUGUUUGUAGCUACUGAAACCUUUCAUGCACAAGCCCAUGGGGAUUUGGGGUUUCAGACAGGUGACAUUGUCAUUGGGACCAAAAUGGUUGAUGCAAAUUGGUGGCAGGGAAAAUGUCAUGGAAAAUCUGGUAUUUUCCCUCUAACUCAUACUCGUAUCAUUGAUAUUCCUGCCAGUCCUACUCCUCAAGCAAAUGCAACGAGCCAUAUGAGUCCUAUGCUACCAGCUCAGCCUAAUCUUACGCAGACAACUGCUAAAUGCAAAGGUCGUGCCAUCAUGGACUCAGUUGCCCAGAUAGAUGAAGAACUCAGUUUCAACUCUGGUGAUGUCAUCACAAUAUCAGAAGAGGUAGAUCAAGUGUUCUAUCGGGGAGAAUGUAAUGGAAAAGUUGGAAUUUUCCCAAUGCACUGUGUUGAAAUUAUUGAAGGUAAAGCUCCUUCCCCAAAGGUUCAAGAGCCAACAUUGCCAUCGCGAAAGAACUUUGAUUGGUUUAAAAGUGAUUCAGUUGCAGUCAGUAGCCCUAAUGUGACAAUGCCUCAUCAAAAUAGAAAUUCUUAUGUUGAUCCACAACAAAAUAGAAGUUCAUAUACAGCUCCAGAGCAAAAUAGUAAUGCUUAUGCAAACUCACAGCAAAAUAGAAACUCAUUUGCCGGGCUCACGCAAGCUUGCUCAAAUGAAUCCAAAAAAGUUAGUUGGAGUGCAUCUGUUUCCGAAAAUAAACCUGCUAAAAUGAUCCGUCAAGAUGCAACUUCUAUCGACAAUUUCCAAAGUGUUGAUAAUUUUAGUUUUACUCCAACAAACAUCAAUGUGACUGAAAAUAAUGGUCCUCCUGUAAGCAGUUUCCAAGGCGAUAUUACUCCCACAGUCUUUACUUCAGACAAUACAAAGUCACAUGACUCAGCCAUAACUCCUUAUGGGAGAACACUCCAUGCAUUCAUGGCUGAGAACACAAAUGAGUUAACAUUCAUGGAGAAUGAAAUCAUCACCUUGAUAUGUCAUAUUGAUGAUCAGUGGACUGAAGGAGAAAUUGAUGGAAAACGUGGGAUUUUUCCAACUUCCUUUAUCGAGAUUAUUGUUGAUUGUGAUUAUCUAAAGGACUCCAGUGGUGAUGUCGCUACUAACAACAAUAUGUUGUCAUAUGGUUAUGGGACAGGCGGGGAGGAAAAACAAGGGAAAGGUAUCCAUACAUUUGUUGCAGAGACUGAUGAAGAUUUGACUGUGUUAAUAGGAGACAUUGUUACGGUGCUGAAUGAACCCAAUGAAAAUUGGUACUUUUGCCGUGAUGACAAAAACAAUACAGGACUUUGUCCUGCUGAUUUUAUCCAAAUCAUAGGGUCUAGAGGCUCAAGUAGUCAAUCCAUCCAUGUAGAUCCUUAUAAAGACCCUUAUCAGCCAGUAUCCCCAGCACCACAGCAGUUUCCUAUGGUGAGCAAAAAUACUCAACAGCCUCCUCCAAUAAGCAAACCAUCAAAACCGAGAAGUCCUGCAAUUCAAACUAGUGCUAGUCUAGAUGACCUUAUUACUGUACAAAUGAGGAAAGCUCGAAGCGAUUCUGAUGAAAAUAAACGAAAAUCUCUACAACUUCAAAAGCCUCCAAGACCAGCCCCAGUCAGAAAGGACUCAUUAAAUUUAUCAAAAUCCCAAGGCAGUGAUUACUCAGCUUUAAAAGAUCCAGUCACUAGCCCAUCAAUCUUUGAAAAAUACAAACCAGUGGUGCCUCCUCCCCCUUCGUCACCUCCCCCUAGUCCACCAAAAUCACCAACGAAAACUCAGCCCCAGAGGCCUCCCCCCAGGCCUGUAAAUCUCCCCUCACCAGAUAAACCAGUGACAUCAUCAGUGCAAUCUGGAAAUGCAGUGCAGCCUGAGGUUGUUCAACCAUUGAAUGCAGCUGGUGUUGAACCUUUAAGGCCAGAGCCAGUACAACCAUUGAGGCCAGAGCCAGUUCAACCAUUGAGGCCAGAGCCAGUUCAGCCAUUGAGGCCCACCAGACCUGCACCUAAACCACCAGUUCCGGUGUCCCCCAGCUACAAUAAUCAAGGCUCUUCUUACACAG